CAGCCCAGCACAGGAUGCCCAGGGCUUGCCAGAACAAGAUGUCUGCGAGGCUGGAUGAGAGAACCCCGGGUCGCCAGCGUUCCAUCGCGCCGAGGCCUGCCGACUUCGCGCCAAAGGGAGCGAGCAGCCCGCGAGGGGCCAGGCAUGAUGGUAAAUCAGUUACCUGUUAGAAAAGGCUCCUGGAAUUGGUUUCACUGAAUUUGUGAUCUUUUACAUGGAUAUCUUGAAAAAAAAAAUUCUGACUAGGGCCUGGAGUAAUGAUUGAGGUGUGACGAGUCAGAUGAAGAAAAUGGAAGAAGGUGGCUCUUACAUUGACACCCUCAGAAGUGUUGCCCCUGUGGCCCAUGGCCGGGGAGUAAGAUACUCGGAGGCCUGGGAGUAUUUUCACCUGCCCUUGGCCCAGUCUGGCCUUCCUGCCAGUCAAUAUGCCACCUGUAGGCUGUGUGGAAAGCAGGUCAGCCGGGGCCCAGGGUCCAACGUUGGAACCACGGCUCUGUGGAAGCAUCUGAAGAGUAUGCAUAAGCAGGAACUGGAAAAGACCGGGCACCGACAAGCUGGGCCUCGCCCAGAGGCACUGCUUCCUCUUCCACCCUCCCCGCCGCCGGGCGUAGAAGGAGACUGGGGGCGCCUGAUGGAGCAAAUGGGAGCACUGGCUUUACGGGCGAGCCAGCGGGAGAGAGAACUGGAGAAGAGGGAGAGAGCAGUGGAGAGGAGAGAGAGAGUCCUAGAAUUAAGGAAAAGAGCCAUUGAAGAGGAGGAGAAGGAUUUGUCAGAGAAGAGGCAGGAGCUUCAGGCUGAGAAGGAGGGGCUGCAAGCCCGGCUCCUGGAAGUAUGUCAGAGGGAAAAUGCUUUGGCCCUGGCCACCGCACCUCUGUCCACCCUGAUCAAAGAGGAGCAGGAAGAUCAUGGUGAGGGCUACUUAAUAACCAAAGUCCUUUUCUAGACUGUUGACCUUAAAUUAUCCUGAGGCAAAGCAGAACCCCCAUGCUUUCUCACUGCUGCUUAGAUGGUGGUAGACUUGGCGGACAUCUUUGAGUUUCAAUACCUAUGACUGUUUCUGGUGUUGAUAAUCAUGAGUUUAUACUUAUUGGGGACACACAGAAUGUCGGUCUAUAGCUCUUCGUAGCCGUCUCCUCACCAUGACCCUACCCUCCAGUCAUCUCCACUCCCUGGGUCCUUGCCUCAGUGUGGCAGGACCCAGGCCCCUCCAUUACACUUCAAAGCCAUGUCCUCACCAGGGGUACUGCCUUCCCCUUUCCAUCCACCCUUCCACUUUUAGGUAUUGUCCUCCCCCUCAAUGGGAAUGUAAGCUCAAUGAGGGCUAGGACACUAUACUUCCUUGUUUAUAUAUACACAUCCCCAAUGCUUAGCACACUGCCUGGUGGAUAAUAAAUGCUUAAUCCCUUGGAGGGUACAGUUUUGGAAUACAAUGGAAAUCCUUCAUGGAGGCAGUAGCCCACCUGAGAUAGAGCUGCUGAACAUUAGAACUGAAAUGGGAGGGGUGCCCCCCCUUUCUGAGCCCUGAACCCAGAACACCAGAAUCAAGUACAAGGCAGGUUCAACCACCUAGACCCCUGAGUGACACUGGAAGUCACUAUGCCUAAUUACAGAUUCUCUUCUCGAAUUAUGUUCCUAUCUACAGAUGAUCAGAUCAGUCCUGAAAAAAGUUGUAUGAGCUUUGCUUCUAGAUUAGGACAAAGCCAAGGAGAUGCAGUCUGUGGACUCUUAUCCUCCUUCAUGACUCCAUUUGGAGUUUUCUUGGCAAGGAUACUGGAGUGAUUUGUCAUGUCCUUCUCCAACUCGU